AUGCCCCUCCACCCCCCCCCCCCUCGCGCGCGCGCUCUCAUACGCAGCGUGCCCCAUCCGUCCGCCUCGCCAGCCGCGCGCGCGGCCCCAUCCAUCGCUCGCGGGAGCGCGCGGAUGCCGUCGGACGCCCUGAUGCCUCCUGCUGCUGUCCGCCCUCCGCCGCGCUCGCUCGCCCACGGCGCCCCCACCCCCACAAGAAUAAACACCGCGCGGCACCGCGUCGCAGGAACCGCGGCACGCCCAGGAUAUGGCAACCGUCGUGUGCGCACGCCGUAUAAAUACCCGCUGCGCCCCCACACCCGCACAGCGCUGUGGAGAGCACCGGCUCUGCCCCCAGAGGCCAACGUUCCCACCCCAUCCGAUACAUAUAACACGGCCACGCCUCAAAGACGCGGAGCACCCAUCCAAGCCAGGUACGUCGCGAUUCCGGUAUUUUAA